AUGACUUCACAUCGCUACGAGCCGGUCAACACUCGCAACGAAGAUGACUCUGUAGAAUCUCAGCCUGUUCAGCCUAUCCCAUCAUCCCCUCCUCCCUCCUUCCACUCGCGCACCCCAUCCCCUACUUCACGCCGCCUCCUAUCUCAAGACCCUCUACACUCCGACGCCGACCGGACGCUCGCAGAUGCCUUUGGUGAUGACGAUGGCCAGAGUGACGAUGAGGAGGGGGUCGACGACAGGCAGCGUCUCAUGAGGGGGAGUCCUGCCAACACCACACCGGACCACGGCUCGCCAGAGAGACAGACCAGGGGCGAUAUACACGCAAGGCCGAAUGCGUCUGCGUCCGAGCCAUCACGGAUAAUACGCGGUGCGAACGACGGUGUCUUUGCGAACCUGUCGGCCAAGCCAGAACGAGGAGGAGAGAAGGUCGACGAUUUACCACCGACAUACGAACAGGCAGCCGCAGAUGCCGCUCCUCCAUACUGGGAGACGACCAUCGUUGCUCCCGGCAUGUCGUCAGAUGAAGUCUACGUUGAAGGCCUUCCCGUCGGCUCAGUCUUCUCCUUCGUCUGGAACGGCAUGAUCUCGACCUCGUUUCAACUCGUUGGAUUUCUCCUCACCUACCUCCUACACACAUCCCACGCUGCCAAAAACGGGAGUAGAGCUGGCCUUGGCCUCACCAUGGUGCAAUACGGCUUCUACAUGAGAAACAACAACGACUACAACCCACCCGAUCCCGACUCCGGCGACAGCGGAUACGUCAACCCUCCCGAUCCAAACAGCCACGACUUCAACCCCAACGCCGUCGAAAGUUCGUCCGGCCAAACCGGCACUGCACCGCUGCAAGGUCUCACAACAAGCGACUGGCUGUCGUAUAUGCUGAUGGUCAUCGGUUGGUUUAUUCUGAUCCGCGCAAUCAGCGACUACCUACGAGCGCGACGACACGAGCAGCUAGUACUCCAGAGCCCCAACCGUGGUCUUCCCGUCCCCAUCAUUGCGGAAAACGAACGGUCGGAGACUGCCGUAUAA